AUGAAUAAUUCAUCAAAUUCUAAUUCUAGAUAAUCUGCACAAAACAUCAUUAACAAAUAUGAAUAAAAUAAUAAUGAAGAUAGAUUUACAUUUUAAGUAAGACCCAAUUCACCUAGAGACACUUUUGGAAAAUUAACAUAACCUAGGAAUGGCCAAGUUCAAAUUCUAAGAGAAAUAGAUUAAGCAAAUCUUUCAAAGAUGCUUAGUGAUUUUUCAAUAGUUUCAGAAUAAGAGGAAUCUAUAUGUCAAAAUCAAUUUAAUAAUCCUAUUGGAAUAGGUAUUAUCUAUUUCAAUUCUUAGUUUAACCUACAUAAGUAAUAUAAUAAAAACAAUAAGAGCAAGUAUAAGAGAAUUAGAGUUAUCGUGGUACCUUUGGCAAGAAUCCAUUCUUUUAGCCUAAAUCAGAAAAUACUGAAAUAAUUGAAAAAAGCUAUAUAGAAGAAGAACUAUAUGAUGAUAUGUCCGUUUUAAAAGAUAAGGUUAUGGGAUUACUAUAAGCUUAUGCAGAUGAUUUAAAAAAAUCAAACAAUGAUCCUACUAUUAAAUCUAAAAUCUAAGUUGAUGCAAAAUAAGUAAUGAAAGAGUAUUCCUAAAUUAUUGAAAAGGUUAAUCAAUCUGAUAUAUCCUAAUUGAAUGUUUCUUAAAAUCAAGUUAAAAAAGUAUUCUAUAUUCUUUAAAUUUAUUAAGGAAUAAGAAUUAAACUUAAUGUCUAAUUUGGUAUUUGAAUUCUUGAAUAAGUUUGAUAUGCAAAAACAACCAAUUCUUAAUGUCUCAUAAGUAUUAGAAUAAAAAUUAGCAAAAUCAAGAGUCAUAAAUUCCAAUCAAUAAUUAGAACUUACAGUUAUGCAUUAAAUUCCUUGUGAUGAAACAUUUUAUUAACAUGAUUAGUAUAAUGAUGAUAAAUUAGAAAUGAAAAUUCAAAAACUUAAAUAAAUGCUCUAAGUUGAACUUGAUAAGUAAUAACUUGUUUAUUCAAAAAAAAUACUAUCAGAUAUGAUAUCAAAUUUAAACUAAAUAUUAAUUGCCAAUGAUGCCCAAACUGUUAAAACCAUCAUUUAUAAAAUUGAGAAUAUGAUUAAAUAAUUGCCAUAAGAAGAUUGUGGAUCUAUAUAACUCUAUGAUUAUAUGGCAAAAGCAAUGAAGGCAACUAAAAGAAGAAUAAAAUAAAUGGAUCCAUAAAAUUAAUAAUAAGAAAAUACACUCAAAAGAAAAUUUUUUGAUCUUGCUACCUAACUAAAAAAUAAAUUACCUUAAGAUCAUCCGGGUAGAAAUGAAAUGAUAUCAGUGCUAUACGAUCUUUAUUGUUAAGCUAAUAAACCUGAAUAAAUGGAGGACUUUAUUAUAAGUUAAUUGAAUUUAGUAAAAUGA